AUGGAUGGUGAUGAUGAUGAUGAUGAUGAUAAUCAUCAUAUAAUAUUACGAUUGAUACAACAAAGACAAAGACAAAGAAUGUCAACUUUUUUUAAAAAGGAUAAAGACAAGGAAACGACGAAAAAAGACAAAGACAAGGAAAAGGAAAAGGAAAAGGAUAACAACAAACAAUAUGACAAGGAAAAGAAAGGAACAUUGCGAAAAUUAUUUGGUAUUAGCAAAUCCAACUCUUCAUCAUCAUCAUCUCAAUUGAUUCAACAACAACAACAACAACAACAACGCGACAAUAAUAAUAAUAAUUAUUAUAAUGUAAAUAAUAGUAAUAGUAAUGGGAAUCAAUUAAAUGAUCAGUCAGCUAAUGGUGGUGUAUCAUCAUCAGUGUCAUCUGACACUAUGACACAACCAACCACGACAGUGGUGAGUAGUUCCAUCUCAACCUCUACAUCCACUUCAUCAUCUUCCUUGAGAUCAAACUCUGGAAACAGUCUCACAGCAAGUCAACAAAACAACGCAGCCAACCGUCGAACAGAAUCAUCUUCAUCUAUAAAUAGUAAUAGUUCGACGGUUGACUAUUACUAUAAUAAUAAUAAUAAUAAUAAUAAUAAUACAUCUACAGUACCCAAUACUCUUUCAUCAUCUUCAUCUUCAUCUUCAAAAAAAGAUAAAUCCAAUUCUAUUUCAAAUUCCAAUUCCAAUUCAAAUUCAACGCUAAAAGGAUCAAAGGGUAAAUUAAAAUCGAUAUAUAAUUCUCUUAGAUUCAAGUCACUUCGAGGUGACAAGUCUAAUAAUAAUGGUGGAUCAUCAUCGACGUCAUCGUCUUCUGCAGCAGGAGGACGUGGCGAGUUGACCAAGUCGACAUCGACACACUUUGAGUUUGCCACACCCAUCUCUCCACUACACUAUUUUGACCAACAAUUCCCAUCGAUAGUGUCGUGGAUGCCCAACAGCGACACUUAUUUUGGUGUACCUCUCUCGACACUUGUCAAACGUCAAGACAAUGGUUGCUCGAUCCCAGUGUUGGUUGAAAAGGCCAUCUCCUUUCUCGAGGCCCAUUCACACCUCCCCAAUCUCUUUUCCAACGCAUUUGACUCGGGCACUGUCCGUCACCUGCGUCAGCUCUUUGAGCGAAACGGCGACGCCAACUUUUUCUAUCCCCAACAACAAGAUCCCAAUGAUGUAGCCGCUCUCCUCAUUGAAUUCCUUUCAUCUCUUCCCGAUGAAUUAUUAAAUAAUGAAUUAUAUUCUGCUAUUAAUAAUCAUUCUUCAAAUUCAGUUUAUGGAGGGUAUUGGGAUAUACAAUUUUUAGUAAACAAAUUACCAAAAGAAUCAAAAGAAGUUGUACAAAGAAUAUUUAUGUUUUUAAAGUCUAUUGUCGUGGCUGACAAGGAUAGUCUUGGGAGACUGUCUACUUUGUUUACACCGCUGCUUGUGAAUCACAAGUCACACAACCUCUUGUAUCCAGCCACCAACAUGAUGAUUGAAAAAUGCGAGGAUUUGUUUGUCGAGGUUGAUGACCGACCCCAGACACUGCCAGGCGAAUUCAUCAUGUUGCAAAUUAAUCGUGUCUCUAUUCCACCCAUCUUGCAACGAAUCACCGACUCUAAACCAGGUACGAUCGACUCGAGUACUUGGGAGGUUGGAACACUAUCCAUCACAAACUAUCGAUUGUUUUGGAGUAAAAAUGAAGACUCUAUAUCACAAGACCACUUUUUAUUGCCAGAUGAUUAUGAAUCCUCUGAUAACAAAAAAGACAAGAAUAAUGAAGUUAAUUUAAAACCUUACCAUUUUGAAAUUAUUCUAACUUCUUGUAUUAAAUGGGAAACUCUUGGUAAAUCAAAACAAUUAAAAUUGGAAAAAUCAAAAAUACAACAUCAAUUAUAUUUAUUAUAUUGUAAAGAUAUGAUAUUUCAAUAUUUUGCAUUUCAAGAUGAUUAUAGUAUGGAUAAAUUCCAUUGUAUAUUAGGAUAUUAUAUUAGUCCAGUGAAUGAUAUUGGUAGAUUCUUUGCAAACGUAAAUGGUGAAUUAUCAAUGUAUGAUUAUCAAAAAGCAAAGGAAAUCUUUUUAGAAAAAAAGGAAAAACGUGAAAAGGAUCAAAAAGAUCAAGAAUCAAAAGAUGAAGUAAUCAUUGAACCUAUCAAUUUAAAUUCUUCUACUUCUUCAACGAAUAAUAAUAAGAUUAAACAAUCAACAUCAAAUCAACAAAUAGCAGCAGUAGAAGAAGAAUUAUCAAUAUAUCAACUUUAUCAACAACAACAAUUAAACAAGAAUCAACAACCAAUUCAUGAUUAUCAAUUUGAAUGUACAAGAUUAAAACUUGAUCAAAAAGAAUGGAAAAUUUUAGAAUUUUCAACAAGAGAUAUAAUUUCACCAAAGAAAAUUAUAAUACCAAGUAAUUUGGUAAAUGAUGAAAUAUUAAACUCUUAUGUAAAAAAGAAUUCACGUAUCCCCGUAUUCACAUGGAUUCACCCGCACCGAAAAUCCGUCCUCUAUAGACUGACAAUCAACAGCUUGGUGGCUAACCCACCCAACGGCAUCAAUGGCCCCAAUCAUAAUAAUGGAGCCACUCUAUUACCAAUUGGCAAUUCAAAUGGAACGGCCAUGUUAUCGGCAUCACUGAGCUCGAGCACCGGUGUUGUCAUGCAACACUACAGUAGUAGUAGUUCAAGCUCGAAUGCACAGAAUCCACUUGGUAUUAGUAUUGGUGCCGAUGACAUUCAACCACCACCACCACAAAUCAAUAUCCAAUCAUCUCCACAUAAACGAAGAAAUGAAAAGACAUCAUUCUCACCACAAAUAUCUAUAAGGUCUUUGGCCAAAGGAUCAAGUAAGAAAAAGGAUCCAAGUCUUGGUAAAUUACCAGUCAUUGGUAAUUCAUCGACCAAUGUCCUCUCAGACUCUGUAGACAUUAAAUUAUUCCAAAUGUUUGUCAGUCGAGAUGUUGAUGCAUCUCUUGCCGUAUCUAAUCCAUCCACACCAUCCUCCUCAACUUCAAAUUCUCCCAUUUUAUUCUCUUCUACUCCACAGCAACAAGGAUUGAAUAGUUCAAAUACUAGUACUAAUAAUCUUGGUAAUAGUAUCAACAAUAAUAAUAGUAUCACAAAUAGUACAAGUCAAUCAUCACAAUAUUUGAAUGCAAAAUCAACUAUUGUAUUUACAAACAAGAUUGAUAUGAAUUAUAUAUCGGUAUUUGAACAAUUCAAAUUGAAUAGUAAUAAUAUGGUAUUUUUAAAUGUUAGUCCUAGGGAGGAAGUUGAAGCAAAUUGGCACGAGUUGUACAAGUAUAUCAACAUGUUUGAUGGUUCAAGUGAAUCUUGGCGUCUAGUAGAGGAUAGUCAUUGGAUAGAGUCGGUACGACUAUUGGUAGAAGGUAGUUGUCGUGUGGCAUCUCUUAUUGGUGAAGGUAUCAAUGUGUUGCUUAGACCAAACGUUGAAUCACCUCUUCAUACAUUUGAUUUGGCUCGUAUCACUGCUUUGGUACAAAUUAUGAUGGAUCCAUAUUAUCGUACAAUCAAUGGAUUCAUAAAAUUAAUUGAAAAGGAAUUUAUUCAAUUUAAUUUUCCUUUUAUUAAUUUAAAUAACAGUAGUAAUAAUAGUGGUAAUAAUAAUAAUUCAUCAUAUACAAGUAAUAAUAAUGGAAAUAAUACUACGAAUCAAUUAAAUAAUAGUUUAUCAGGAUCAGGAUCAAUUGGAAGAAAUGCUGGUCUGUCAUUACUGUCAUCUAGUACAAGUUCAACUAAUAAUAAUAAUGGAUCAACUACAUCUUCAUUAUCUGGGUCAACUGGAAUGCCACCAAUUUCAUCAUCUGGAACUACACCAAGAUUCAAAAAGACAAUAUCAAUUGAUGAAAAGAUGAAUCUAUUUGAACAAUUGUCGGCAACACUCGAAGCACCACCAUCAAUGAGUAAAAAGACACCUGCUCUAUUUACAUCAAACGAUUCAUUGGAUAUUUCAGUGAUUAGUAGAUCAUUGUCACCAGUGUUUGUUCAGUUUUUAGAUGCUGUAUGGCAGAUUCAAAGACAGUUCCCAUUCCAUUUCGAGUUUAACGAGUAUAUGCUAUUGUUUAUCAUAAAGGAAGCGUUUACUGGAAGAUUUGGAACAUUUUUGGGUAGUGAAGCUGUACGUGACAAUGAUCGUCGUGUAUUAGGUCGUACACCAUCCGUAUGGCAGUACAUCAAUGCUCAUGCCGAUCAACUAUUCAAAAACAUGUCUUUCAAGUAUACCAAAUCACAUACAUUGUCGCCAGGUGAUGAGUCGUAUGAACAUAUCAAACCAACAGUCGAUCGUGCCAGUAUUGUAUUGUGGAGUCGUUUGUUUGGUGCACACAUUAGUGCACGUGAAGGCCAACAACUAGGAAAACGAGUGAUUGGACGUUCCAAAGCAGAAUUUUGUAAUUGGAGACUUACCAAUGUAACCAUUGAUGUACACCAUCUAAACUUUUGCCGUUCCCUAACACAUUUGGACUUGUCUCGCAAUUUCCUCAACUCUUUCCCAUCGGAACUAGUGUUACUCGGUAAUUUGACUCAUUUGUCACUUGCUGAUAACCGUAUCUGUUCAAUGCCAAGUGCUGUACUCAAAUUGGUCGGUAGCAAACUCAAACUAAUCGAACUAAACCUUGCCAACAAUCUACUCGACACAUUACACAAACAAGUAUCAACUCUGACUACACUUCAACGUUUGAUACUUGAUGGUAAUCGAUUGGUUGUCAUUCCAGAAUCAAUUAGUAAGAUGAGCAGUUUACGAGUACUCUCUGUUGAGAAUAAUCGUUUGACUAGCUUCCCUCAAGCACUGUCUCUUAUGAAAGGAUUGGAAGAGCUAAAGGUAGCAGGAAACCAAAUCCGUGACCUCCCACUUGGAUUCUUUACACUACCCAAUGUACGUCACGUUGAUCUCCGACUCAACCUCCUCGCAAAGUUUAAAGCACACAAGAUGGAUGAUAGACCAUACUCUAUGAAUUCGAUCGAGUGUCUAAAGUGUGGGCCCAACCCAUUACUAAAGAUAUCCAACAUACUGUAUGAAAUGAAAACACUACGUCACCUUGAAUUGACCGGUUGCAACUUGAUGCAAGUACCACCACGUCUACUAGAACUUGUCAAUCUCGAGACACUACAUCUCAACCAAAACAAGUUGACCGAGUUACCAACCGACUUUUGUCGUUUAAUCAAUCUGGUAUCACUCGACUUGUCAGACAAUAGUUUUGCCACGUUGCCAGCAUCUGCACUACUCGUCACACUCAGGAAAUUGGAUCUUCACAACAACCUCAUCUUUGCUUUUACCUUUUCAGCACAAUCUCUACCAUUGAUUGAAGACCUAAGACUGGACAGUAAUCGAUUGACCUAUGUAUCACCAUCAAUUGGUCAACUCUCAACCCUCACCAGUUUAAAUCUAUCAAAAAACAAUAUUGCAACACUACCACAUACACUUGGUUCACUUGAUCGUCUAAAGAACCUUCAAAUCACAACUACCAACAUGUCAAGCCCUUUUAAAGAGAUGGGAGACACAAUGGCAAUUCUCAGAUACCUCAAAGCUCAAAUCAACUCUUCCUAUUAUCAACCACGUGGUAAACUAGUCAUUAUCAGUGAUCCAACCAUUACAAGCAAGAAUGAAAUUAUUCGUACAGUCACCUCUAGCAACUCUAAAAAAAGAAAUAACAAUCAAAAGAAUAAUAAUAGUAACAGUAAUAAUUCAAACAAAUCACCAUUAUCACUUGGUCAAAGAAAGAUACCAAAAUGGGAAUUUGAUAUGGAACCAGAUGUUGUAACACCUCCAACAAACUCUCAAUCAACAAAUCAACAACCCUAUUUAAAUAGAAAGACAAAUCCAAAUAGUGGUAAAGAUAUAUUUACAGUUUAUAUUAGAGAUAUAUCAAGUGUAAUUAGUACAUGUAGUCAACACUUGUUUACAAAGAGAUCAGUUUUCCUCGUACUGUGGACAGUACAAGAAUCUGAAGAACCACUCAAAUUGUAUCGUACACUUGAACACAUUAAAGAUCGUUGUGUUACGGCUAGUAUCUACAUUGUUGGUAUUUUCAAUGAAAAGGAUAAUAAUGUAACCAAAGACUAUUAUACCUAUAUCAAUGCAAAGGUUGAACAAAAGUGUACAAACAAUUUCCCAAACUUUACAAUGUCGUUUCAUUUGAUUGGUAAUGUUGGUGGUUCAAGUGUAGACAAUGCUCUGUUGAGAAUUCGUGAAGAUAUCAAACUCACCUUUACCAAACAACGCAACUAUGGUGGUAAACUUCAAAGUUCUCAACGUCUCUUUGAACGUCAUCUCAAAACUCUACAAUCUCCAUUUAUCUCGAAACGUGAAAUUAUCAAUAUUGGAGAUAUGUGUGGUUUAGAUAAACUUGGUACAAAAGGUACUUGUGACCUCCUAACUGAACUUGGUCUUUUACUUUGGUUAGAUGAUCAUGAAUGGGUCAUCCUAGAUCCAUUUUGGUUAACUACUGCUUUUUCCUCUUUAAUUACAGUUUUAAAUCAAAGUAAUAAUAAUCAACAAAAUAAUAAUAAUAAUCAAAAUAAUCAAGUUGUACUAAGAAAAGAUAUAAUAAUGAUAAGUAGUUUAGAGACUGUAUGGAAUGAUAUACCAACAAGAAUGUAUUCAUUUUUAUUGACAUUGGCCAAGAAAUAUAAUAUAGCAUUUAUUAUUGAUACAUUGUUUGACCCAGCACCAUGGGGUUAUACCUAUGGACAACAACAAAAUCAAUUAAAUCAUGCUGGUAGUUUUAGUGAUCUAAGAACCAGUAGUAAUAAUGGUAGUCCUCAAUUACGUUCACUCAAUCAUUCAAUGAAUCGUAAUUCUCCAUCCUCUUCUGCUUCAAAAUUAACUCUAUCCCCUCCAAGUAAUAAUCGUCUUUCAACUCUUAUUAGUAAAGAAAAAUUAUUAUUAUCACCUGGUCAACAAAAUAGUAGUAGUAAUAAUAAUAAUAAUAAUUCAUCAAUUUAUGGAAAUUUAAAGCUACUUACGGAAAAGGUAAUCUUUUUACCAGGAGAAUUACCAGAGACACCACCAUUACCAAUAGAUACAAUGUUUCCAAUUCAUGAACCAAGAUCAGUUGGAAGAAUAUUUGUAUUUGAAUCCAAGAUUCCAUCAUCUUUAUUCCCAAGACUUUUAUCUCAACUCUAUAUGUUUUGUUCAAUCAAAGUUGCAUGGAGAACUGGUGUAGUUUUGGAUAAUGUCUAUCUAUCAUUCCCUAUUGCUCGUCGGUACCCAGCGUCACCAAACAACAAACAAUAUCGUAGAAGUAGUACAUUUUCUGUACUUUCAUCUGAUGAUUUGGUAGUCAUCCAAGUCAACGAAGCAACACAAACGAUUGAAAUUAGUUCAACUAAAAUGUGUCGUCACAUUCUUCAAACGUUUGACUUGAUCCUCGAGACUUAUGCAGAUCAACUUGUCUACAAGAGUUAUAUCCCAUGCAUUCAUUGUAUCGAUUCAAAGAGUCGUCCAGAUGGAAAUUAUCAUUUAUUCCCAAUCGAACAAAUUGAAGCAGCGGUUGUCAAGGGCAAGAGUUAUGUUUCAUGUCCUCAUGCUGGAUCAAUCCCAAUUAAAUUGAAUCAAUUGGCACCAGACCUUACAAUGACAGAUAUCCGUCACAAGAUGAUAGAUUAUAAUGAAUUGGAAUUGGAACCAAAUCCUAUUGGUGAAGGUGGUACUGCUACCGUCUAUAAAGGUACAUGGCGUAAUAAUCAAAGUGUAGCAGUCAAGGUCCUACAUACAGACAAGAUUGGAACCCAAUUUACAAAGGUGUUUAACGAAUUUAGAAGAGAAAUUUUCAUCAUGUCCUCCUUUUAUCAUCCAAACAUUUUGGAUUUAAAGGGGUUCUGUUUGGAACCACUUUGUAUUAUCACAGAGUUUAUGGCUGGUGGUAAUCUAUACGACUAUAUACAUGAUAGUAACUUGGCUCUUGAAUGGCCACUAAAGAUUCGUAUGGCCAAGGAAAUUGCAAGUUCACUUCAAACAUUGCACGAUUGUAAACCAUCAAUGAUUCAUCGUGACCUCAAAUCUCCCAACAUCUUGUUAUCAUCUCGUACACCAGAAGAUCUUUCCUGUCAACUAUGUGAUUUCUCACUUAGUGGUUUCUCUACAUCUCUUAGUACUAGAGCAGUAGAAAAUCCAGUUUGGCUUGCACCAGAAGUCAUUAGUAAAGAAGGAUGUACAGACAAGAGUGAUGUCUACAGUUAUGGUGUCAUUCUCUUUGAAAUUCUAUCUCGUCAACAAUUCUUUGGUGGUAUUAGUUUCAUGUCAAAUCUUGAACAAAUGAUUUGUGAUGGUAUUCGUCCUCAAUUACCCUAUCAUCAAGUAUCAGAAUUUGAUGCAUUACUUAAUAGUUGUUGGCAUCAAGAUCCUUCCCAACGUCCAUCAUUUGCUAAAAUUCUUAAAAAAUUGGAUCUCAUUGAAACUCUCAUCAUUAUAAACAAACCUGAUUUACCAAUUCAUUUUGAUAAAUUAAACCAAGUAAACAAUCAACAAUCAAUUCAAGUAAACAAUCAACAAAAUAAUAAUAAUAAUCAAAAUAAUAAUGUAAUAUCAUCACCAAUAUCAUUACAAUCAAUUAAUAAUAAUAAUAAUAAUAAUGUAAAUAUUAAAAUAACAUUUAAUAAUAAUGAAAUUAAUGAUCAAGAAGAAGAAGAAGAAGAAGAAAAGAAAAAAGUUAUCAAAUCUAUAGCUUUUGAUGAAUACAAAUAA